AUGAAACAUAGAGAUAAAAUUGAAAGUCUUGUAGAGACUGAGAUUAAAAGAAGAAAAGUAAUGAAGCUCAGUAGGUUUAUAGUAGAAGCAGAGAAGCGUAGGUUUUGUUAGGAAGUAGUCAAAUUUUAAGAAGAGAAGAGGGAAAAAAUCGAUAGAUUCUUCUGCGAUGAAAAUCUCAUUUAUUAGAACGCAAAAAGAACUAAAGAUUGCUUGGUAGUAAUUGCGACAAAUAAAUAAACAAGGGAAACAUUUUAUAUUAAGUAAUUUAGAAGGAAGGUCAACUUCGAGAAUGAAAAAUAAAUCUUACACAUUUUUAAAUAGGAUGAAAAUAAUCCAUUUCUGGAUUUGAUUCAGAUGGAUAAUUCAAGAAUGCUUUUAAAGAAAAAAGGAGAAAGGUACUCACUAAUUGAUUUUGCCUAUUCAAUUAAUCAUCAAUGGGAGCAAAAUGAACUCAUUUUUAUAUUCGAAAAGUUGCUUCAAUUUGCUUGUGAUCUAAAAAGAGAAGGAGUAUACUUGGGGGAUUAUGAUCUAGAAAAUAUUUCUUUAAAAGAUACAAGCAAAGAAAGUGGAAGGUUUACAUUAAAGCUAAUAAACGCAGACAAGGCUGUUUAGAAAAAAGGAGUAUUAAGCUAUAAUUUAUCUAGUAUAGACUAUGUUCAUCCUUAAUUAUAAAGUAAGAAUUCUCAUUUAAGUACAAAUGAGAUGGAAGCUAGUGAUAUUUGGAGUAUUGCAAGGUGCAUUUGUUUGUUAAUUUCAGAAUUAGAUAUUGCUCUUUGCCCUAAUAAUUACUCUGAUAUGUAUGAAUUCAUGUAGCAAACUCUUUAAAGUAAUUAUCCAAUACUCUAUCAAUUAAUAUUAGCUGCCAUUUAUUCUUCGGAUUAGCUUAUUUAGAAGUCAAACUUUUAUAAUACAUAAAAUACAUAGAAAAACACCUAAAUUAGCAAAAAUAUCUCUUUGUAGAUUCAAAAAUUUCAACAACAAGUUAGCUUGAAGUAAUUCUCUUUUGAAGGAUUGCUUGAUUUCUUGUAAAACUUAGCAAAUUCUUAAAGAAUGAACCAGUUAAAGUGCUUAGAAAAUAGAGAGCUGAACUAAAAGCGUCCUUUGAGUAAGUUUAGUUAGCAGAUGGAUUUAUAUUAGUUCUUGAUGAAAGCAAAUUUAUAUGAAAAUGCAGUAGAAACAAUAGAGAGAGUUUUGUAAGAGUCUAACAGUGUUCAUGAAAGGGAAGUUCUCCUUUUAAAUCUUGAUUACAUUUAUUGCUUGUAUAAAAUUGGUAUGAAAUAUAAAGGAGAGAUGAGAUUAAAAGAGCUAGAAAGCAGUUUUUUGAAGUACUCACAAUAUGAUUUUGAAAUGCUUUAUAAAUUUUCUCUAGCCAGUAUCGUAUAUGAAAAGAACAAUAUAAAUGAUCUUUUUAAUAAAUUUCCUUAAAUUAUACAACUUGAGUAGGGGAAUAAGAUAUCAAGACACUAUCUUUUUUAUUUAUUAUAAUGCUAAUUAGUGCUUAAGUAUUUUGAAACAGGUAAAUCUGAGUUAGGAUUGAUGUACAAUUAAAUUGCAAUUGAUUACGCAUACGAUAAUAUUAUAUUGCAUCAGAAUGAAAGCAAUAAUAUAAUUGUUGCAGAUAAUAAUAGAUUAGUCACUUUUGAUAAUUUCACUGAGUAUAAAGAAGAUAAUUAUUUGGAGGAGCUAAUUGACCCUUAUAGAACUGUGACUGAAAAUAAUGAAGAUGAUGAAUAUUCGAAUGUGAUUUAGAAUAAACUAAAGUAAGUUAAUUUAGGAAUUUGUGAAGACAACUUAGACCUUAUCGGGUAGUAUUUAUUCCUUAUGGAAGAGUACGACAUAGCAAUAAGUAAGAUAACAGAUUUGUAGACUAGGGCAGCUUGUUUUUUUUACUAAGAAAAGUAUUAAUAAGCAAUUAAGAUUUAUGAGGGGAUGAAAGAUAUGAUUCAUUUUUAAUCAGAUCCUUCAAUUUAUCUUGCACUCGUAAUGUGUUAUUAUCUUAUUUAAGACUAUCAAAAGGCUUAUCAGUACUGCAUUUAGUCAAUAAUCAUUUGCGAUAGAUAAGAAAAAAGCUCUCAACAAAAAAAUUAAUAAACUAAUUAAUUUACUAAAGGCGAAGAGCAAGCUUAUCGAGAAUAUAAAGCAAAAUUAAAUGAGAGAAGUAGAAGUUAUCAUCAACUACACAGUAGUGCUUCCCAAAAAGAUUUUAAAGAUAAAAAGGAAAAGCAGUAUUAAAAAAUAUAUGAGUAAUAUAACUUUAAAGCAUCUGCUUUAGUAUUAAAGGCUUUUUGUGAAAUGGAAAUAGGAAGAGUAGAAACAUCUAUUGAGAACAUGAAAUAUGCUAUUGAUCACUUCGAAAGAGUUGGUUUGGUGUACGAAAAAAUAGAUAUGCAGGAAAAUCUAUCACUUUCAUAUUUGAAACAAUCCUUUACAACACCAUCUGCUUCUAAAAGAGCUUAAGAAACUACCUUAGAAGCUUACAAUGCUAAAUUAAGACUCAUGUAACAAACUGGAAGAUUUUCUAUAGAAAUAGAUUUUCCUGAUUCUCUUAAUUUGAUUUCACUUUCAUAUUUGAAUGUUUUGGAUUUUAAAAAUGCCAUUAAAUACUCUGAGUAAGCAUUAGAUUUAAUUUUAGAUUAAUCAGAAAUUCCUAAUACAAGCUAUGUUGAAAGUGACCAAGAUAAUUAAAAUGCUUACUUAGAUGAUGAAGAAGACAUCUACAAAAAUGGAGGCUAUUUCAGGCUAUUGUGGAAAUAAUAUUUAUUCAUUGGAUUGCUCUACGAUAAUACCAAUAAUAAUGAAAAAGUGAUAGUGUGCGCUUAAAAAGCUUUACAAAUGCUAAGAUAGUGUUCUAGAACAAUUUAAAAUGCUGAAGAAGAAAUUCAUAUUUAUUUAUUACUGGCUCAUGUCAAAAAAACAAUGAGUUUAUUUGAAGAUUCGUUAAGGUACUAUGUAAAAGCUAUAGACACAGCUGAGAUUUUAAGCAGAAUUGAAAUAAAUUAAAAUAAUUAAGAAAACAUUAUGAAAAAGUCAAGGAUAUCUUUGUUACAUUUACAAUGUCUAAGCUUUGCUCUAUCUGUUUACUCAAGCGAAAAAUAUAACUCAAGUCCAUCAAAUGGACGUUGGUGUGCAUAAAAAAUGGAAAAAUUACUGUUUGGUUUAAAGUAAUUAAAAUAUGAAAUUCUUCCAAAAUAUUACUUACAACUAUCUUAGUAUGAAGAUUUGAUAAACGAUACUCCACAUGCUAUCGAACUAGCUAAAACAGCAGCCAUCCUUCAUUAAGAAGUAUAUAACUCAACUGAAUCAAUACCUCCAAACGAGCUUAAAACUAGAGUCAUUAUAUAUAACACUCUAGUUUCGAUGCUUUAACAUUCAAGAAGAAAUAAAGAAGCUGAGUCAUAUUUACUCGAACUUUAAAAAUUUGAAUGA